AUAUAAUUAAAAUAUUGAUAUUGAGACGUAAAAAAAACACGUCAAAAAAUUCAUCUGUGAUUAGAUAAAGACGCAGUUGAAAUACACAAGUGUAAUUCAUUCUUAGAUAAUCAUAAAUCACAGAAGUGGAAGACUGAUUUGCAACGUUAAGAUAAAACGAUUUAACUAUCGAGAGACUGUAGAAAGAAAUUAGCGAUGCGGAAUAAUUUUAAAAUGAAUAUUUGUGAAGUGUAAAGUGAUACGAGUGUUUUUUUUUAUUUUGAACGAAAAAUUCGCAAAUUACAGGAUUGAAACACAUUAAUAAAUUAUUUAGAGACGAGAACUAUGUGGUACCACCAAGAAAAGAAUUCCAUUUUUUAUAUCGAAUCUGAUUGCGAGCCCAUAAAACUGAUCAAAGACAAGAUGGAAACCGAGGUCCGGACGCUCAAGCAGGAACUGGCGCGCACGCAGGACGCUCUAAAGGCCGCCACGAAGAAAUGUCGAGAACUGGUGAAGGAACUUGAUCACCGUAUCACCGGUCAUGAGUCUGAAAAGAUUCUGCGGGAUCAGCAGCUCUCGAGGAUAUUGCGGGCGCUGUUGUACCUGGAGGCGCGACUCAAGCAGGAGCAAAAGUCAAUCAGACAGAUGCUCUGCGAGAAGGACAAUGUUAUUAGAAAUCAGCAGCUGGAGAUUACCAUGCUCAGGCGGUACAUGAAGAAUUACAUUAAGGGCAAACGUGAUCGGACAAUAGCUACCGACACCGAGACAAUCAACGCCGACGUCGAAAAGAACCUGCAGAACCUCGGCGAUUUGCAAGGAGAGACACUGCAGGAAAGCGGUAUCGGCAAAGAUAUCGCGAGCUUGAAGUGCGAGAUAAUAACGCGACUGAACCCGACAUCAUCUGGCAUCUUGGACGAGCUAAACCGCAAUAGCGUGAGAAAGACACACAGUUUUGCCGGCAGUGACAUCUCCAAAGCCAGUUUAACCAGUAGUGAGAACACAGAUGCGUCCAUCAUUACCACGACGACGGAGGGCAGUCCUUCGUUGCUCAGCACGGAGGGCUUCUGCGAGGGCGAGAGUACGGACGUGUCGCCUGGCUCGACCCUGAACAAGUGCUCGAGCAGGUGUACGCCGACGACGGUGACCGACAGCGAGAACGAGACGACCAUGAUCGCGGAUGAAAACGAGGAGAACAUGAUAGAAGAAGGCGAUACGACGACGACGAAGAGAAGGACGUCCCUUCGCAGGGCGAAGGGUCAAAAGACGUCGUCCAAAGGUUCUGAUGUGAUAGUCGAGGUAGUCAGUAUCGCGAGGACAGAAAGCAAGGACGACGGGAUGGACUGUAACUUUGUCUCAGAGGAUGAGAACCAAGACGCAAAAAUGGAUAAUCGAGAAGAGAAUGAGGAACCGAUUUACGUUAAUGCCUACAACGAAGUGAACGAGAGGAAUCUACAGCAGACGGAGUUGUUGAGGACAGAAGAUGAUCAUAGCAAUAACAAUAAUGUCAAUGAUGUAAAGAUCGAGACACCCGAGCUGACGAUAGAGGAUACUAGCAGUAAUUGGUAUAGCGAUCAUGACGAGGACCGAUUGAAUGACGACGUGUUUAGACAUAGCACAUACCGACCAAAUAGUAACCACAACUCCGUGCUCGAGUGCGUGAAUCAGAUCUUGCUGCAGGACAUGGAAGAGGAGGAAAACUCGAUGCUCUCGGUACCGCGUCGAUUCAAGCACCGCGGCAGGAUCGUACAUUUCCAGCCGGCUAGAUUAUCUGAUAUUGAGUCGGUGGGUUCGGAAAUGGAGAGGAGAAAUUCUGAGGAAUCCGCCGCGGACAGUAAAGAUUCUCCGAGAGAGGAGGAACCCGUGGAAAACGAGACGAGCGCGUCCGAGGAUGAGUUUGGCAUGAGAAUCGUUCAAAAGGAAUCGGAUGACGUUUCCAAAGACGACUCCAAGGCGAUUCCGCUGGUCAUCAUCGAGCCAAAGAUCGAUGUCGAAGAAACGAGAAAGGCUUUGGUGAAAUCUCAACCGAAUAAUCCUCCCUUAAAAAUGGAAAGGAUCGAGGAGAAAACUUGUCUGCAAAUGUCUGCACGAGGACUAACCAUUGCUAGGAACUUGGAUUACGAAGACAUAGAAUCAUUGCCGGAAGUAACAAUGUCGUCGCCGACGCCGCCCAGAACGCCACCGGCACUGCCACCAAAGCCACAGUUUCGCAAUAAUACGUUAAUCUUGAAGAAGAUCCCGAGUCCGUCAUUUCUAAUCGACGAAAAAAGACAGCAAGACUCUACGGGAGGUGUGGAUUCUACGAAAAAAGGUAUUUUGGGAUUGGUAUCGUCGAAGGCAGCGAGGAACUUGAACCUGGAAGAGGCAAAGAGUUCGACCAGGAGUUCGACGAGAGAGACGAAAGGUCGCGAAGGCGGUGGAUUCUGGAAGAAUAGAUUCAAUCACGUGCGCUCGUCCUUUCAAGUGAGACAAAAAGAGCGGGAUCAGUCGAAAAAUGCUGCCAGAGUCACAAAUAUCGUUCGGCAUUUCGAGGAAUUCAAAAUCGGUGAUCCUGAAGAACAGAUGAAAGAUAGAAAUCGCCCAAAGGAACGCCACAACGAACUCGAUCAGGAUUUUGACAUUCGGCAAAACUUUGAGGAGUUCAAUCUGGACGAAUGCGACCUAUCGGACGAUCCCGACCGGCCCGAAGGCGACGGAUCCGAGAGAUUAGGUUACAACGGGCUCAACAACGUCGACCAAAACAGCGUCGCCAAAGACAACAACAAUAUUUCUGCUAUCGGUAACGGUAAUAGUAAUAGCGAAACCGGAACCAGCGGAUACGAUCAUUUCCUCGAAGCAACCGGCCUCAGCAACAAGUCGAUCCUCACGCCUUCGAGGCUACUGAGCAAUCAUAAGAGUAUGCUGAAACCGAAGGAUGUAAAAUACAAGAGCAGAAUUAAGGCUACGGCAGUGCUGGAGAGGCACGGGGUGCAAACGACGGCCGGCAAUGCUACGACGACGCACGUAAGACAUUGGACCGGCCCGUUUGUCUGACGUCUGGCCAAUGUCCUGCCGGGCAAAAAUAUCUUUCGUCCCGCCGUAUCGGCUGAUAACUCACCUAUAAAGACAAAAUUUAAAACAUCCUUUAAUUCGCUAAGGAUUAAUUAAAUAUUUUUGGCCGCUGUUUUAGUAUACAGUGAAUGAUUCUCGUUUUUGAAACGCAAACUAGAAUUUUAAACAUAUCAUGAUCGAGGAAUAGAAAAUCCUUAAUGAAACUAUCUAGCAGGUAGAAAAGCACACAAUUUCGUUUUCUGCCUUACUCUAAUAUCGUAUGUAAUAUCAUAAAUUAUACGAUUUUUAAUAUAAAAUGUACACACGCGAGUCCUUUAUAGAUCUUGAAGUCAUACUUGCAGUGAUUAACUUAUUUGAUCUUUUCUCAUAAGAUGUUUAUAAUAUGUUGAUUUAACUGUUUCUGCUGUGAAAUUAUUUAUAAGUCUUUGUAAUCUGUGAAAAAAUAUGACUUGUCUCGAUUUUUUUUUGGUACGAUACUUUUAUUUAUAAAAAUUGUUAUCUCGAAACGAGAACUAUUAUAUCUUUCAUUACCUUACAUGAUUUUCAUUUAAUGAAUGCGAAGAUAUGUUUGGUUGUUUACUUCUCACCUACGUCAUCUUUUAUUAAAACUAUUGUUUAACAUACACGGAUAUUAUCUCUCUAUCUUAAAUUACAUUCGCGUACACAUGUGAUGUUCGAGAGGAAUCUUACCGUAAGGUACGAAUUUAAUAUGGAAGAAUAGAACGAUGAAAGGUUUCAAUUGGAAGAAUAGGAUCUAACGUCGCGUUUCGUCGACAUCGAAGACAUGAUUUUUUCUUCAAUACACAAACAUAUAUGCUUUUAGAUGAAAUUAUAUAAAUACAAACGUGAGUAUAUAAAGAAAAAAUAUUGUA